UCCGUACAUCGCCUCGUUCUCGCUUUCAGUCGGUCCUGCAGCGAAGAUGGCGGAAGCUCCCCCGCGGCCCUGCCGGUUCUUCUGUCACCGGUGUUCGGAAGAGAUCAGCCCUCGGCUCCCGGAUUACAUCUGUCCACGGUGUGAGUCCGGCUUCAUCGAGGAGUUGCCUGAAGAGGGAAGUUCAGAGAACGGGUCCACAUCCACAUCCUCUAACGAUCAGAACCGGCCCUCGUUUGAGAAUGUGGACCAGCACUUGUUUACGUUCCCGCACGGUUACGGCCAGUUUGCUCUGGGGAUCUUUGAUGAGGGCUUCGACUUCAGAGCCGGUCUGCCAGCGGAAGACAACCGCGAUGCAGAGAACCGCAGAGAGCGGGAAAUGGCCUCGCGACAGCGCUACGGGGCCCGACAGCCACGGGGACGACACGUUCCCCGGAGGCAAGGAGUGCGGCAUGAGGGGGUACCCACUUUAGAAGGAAUCAUUCAGCAGUUAGUUAAUGGAAUUAUUGCUCCGACAGCUAUGCCAAACAUGGCGAUGGGGCCUUGGGGAAUGCUGCACUCAAACCCAAUGGACUAUGCAUGGGGUGCCAAUGGAUUAGAUGCCAUCAUAACACAGUUAUUAAAUCAGUUUGAAAAUACGGGUCCACCUCCGGCAGACAAAGAGAAGAUUAAGAGUCUCCCUACAGUCCAGAUAACACAGGAACACGUGGGUGCCGGUCUAGAGUGUCCUGUCUGUAAAGAAGACUACAGCGCAGGGGAGAACGUUAGGCAACUUCCCUGCAAUCAUCUCUUUCAUAACGACUGUGUAGUUCCCUGGCUCGAGCAGCAUGACACAUGUCCGGUGUGCAGGAAGAGUUUGAGCGGGCAGAACACAGCCACGGAUCCGCCCGGCCUAUCAGGCAUGAACUUCACCCCCUCGUCCUCCUCCUCUUCCUCCUCCAGCUCUCCGAGCAACGAGAAUGCCACCAAUAACUCGUAAGAGCUCAGCUCGCACCCCAAACACAUCUACACAUCAGCAGCAGCAGCAGCAGCAGCAUCAUCAUCAUCAUCAUCUCAGCCGGACACACACUCCUUCCCUCCACCAGAGACCGAUGGGUGACACGGUGGAGCCGGCGCUGAACCUGCCCAUCACUACUAACACACACACACAGACAGACAGACAGACAGACAGCGCUGAGAGCACGCCAAACCCCCUCCUCCUCCCCGGAGAGAGAACAAUACACUCUCCCACCGCUUCAGACAGCCUUUACUUGCUUUUUUUUUUUUUUUUUUUUUUAAACCGCUGAACUUCAUUCCUCAAGGUUCGGGCGCACACGGCGGGCGGCACCUGUCCGCGUGACCUUCUUUUAAUCAGCAGAAAGCGUGAGGAGAAAGUGCUGAGGAAAAGAGAGACGGAGGAAGAGGAUGUUACGAGCUGCGCGAUGACGGACGCACAGAGCUGAACUGCAUUUUUAGAAGCAGACUUUGUGUCUCUGCAGAGGGACGCGCGCGGUCAGAUACAACCUUUAGUUUUUUUUUUUAUCCUUCGGUUUUUAUUUUACUGAUUAAAAGCGGCUGAUAUGUGAACGUGAGUAUGGGUGAAUCUCGCAAAACCGCUCAAGGUCACGCCUCACCCCAAGAUCAGAAGAAAAGAGAAAUGCGUAUUAAGCCCGUUUUAGAACCACCGAGAACUUUUGAAUACGAUUUAGAAAUUUUACGUCACUUUCUCAUUACAGUAAUAUGAAAAAGAAUUAAAUCAUAUUUCAUAGAUUAUUUUGUUAGUUGCACCGCCUUUUAAUUUGAUAAGUCAUUACAGUAUUUUAUAUUGUAAUACUACAUUACAGUAAUGAGAAUCAUCUGAAUCUUGUAAAUAAAUGCUUCAUUGUCAUUAAAUACAAUACUUUUUUUUUUUUUUUUUUUUUUUUGUCGUUGGGGUUUAAUAAAACCUGGAUGUGUUUUUUUGUGAUUCACCCAUAUAUAUGAAACAUAUUUAUUGAAUAAAAUAAAAUAAGAGCUGCGUCAUAUUGUGAAAAGCCAAGCGAUCCAAGAACAUCUGUGACUGAGGAAAACACUGAGUGCAGGUUUCUCUCCUAAUAUUUAUUUGCACAGUAUUUUUUUUUUUUUUUUUUUUUUUUUGCGAGGAUGAUUAGAACAUUGAACAAACAGAAAAGCGUGAAUGUUUUUUUUUUUUUUUUUCUUGGCAACAUUUGAUAUGAUUUUCUACAUUUAGCAUCGUCCUUAAAAAUCAGGAGAGAAAUAUAUUUUCUCUAUUUUUUUGGGCUUUUAUCCAAACGGCACACGGCCGAGAACGUGAUAAGAGCUCUCUUGCUUUCUCUUACUCUUUUUUUUUUUUUUUUUUUUUUUUUUUUAUUAAUAUUUUUAAAUCUCCUCGCGUUCAGUUGUCUUUCUCUCGGUCUGCCACACAUAUUCAGUGACUUUCAGUUCAAGGCAACUUUUUUUUUUAACUUAUUUUAAGUUAAAUGGUUUGUUUUUGUAAAUCAUAAUAAAGGAGAAGAACAAA